UCGCAGUAAAUUUUCAACGUGUAUCGUUUCGGAGUGCUGGAUAUAUCCUUUUGGUCUUUGUGUAAACGUUAUAAAUACUAUUGUGCUGAAGAAAGUGAGAGUGAAGGACGCGUGUAAUUGAGAACGAAAUCGAUUAAUGAAGUAAUUUUAAUAUUAUAAUGUGAGAGAUGCGUCGUGGCGAAGUCGCGGUAAUCGCGAUAGCCCUUUUGGUUCUCGGGCAAGUCCCGGGUCCUCGUCAAGUCAGGGUGGUGGGUGCCGUCGUCGUUGGCGCGGCUGUUUGCGGCAGGAUACCAGGCCUGGCCAAGGGUCAACGAGACCAGUGUAGAGCAGCACCACACGCCAUGCCAGCUGUCGGGGAAGGCGCCGCUCUGGGGCUGCGCGAAUGUCGGCACCAGUUCAGACAUCACCGUUGGAACUGCUCCCACGUGGCCAGCGACCAGGUCUUCGGGCACGUCGUCGUUGUCGGAAGCAGAGAGGCUGCGUUCACCUACGCCAUCAGCUCGGCUGGUGUCACAUAUACUAUCACAGCUGCAUGCAGUAGAGGCAACAUUACGGCUUGCGGUUGUGAAUCGGCUGUAAGAACCAGCAAAGAACUAGUUCCUAGCGGCUGGCAAUGGGGCGGCUGCAGCGCUGACGUUACGUACGGCAUGAGGUUCGCGCGUAGGUUUCUCGACGCGAGGGAGAUCGAGGGAGACGCCAGAAGUCUGAUGAAUCUUCACAACAACAAGGCAGGACGAAAGAUGGUGAAGGCCCUUCUCCAAACGGAAUGCAAGUGCCACGGUAUUUCCGGUUCCUGCACGGUAAGAACCUGCUGGCGAAAGCUGCCCAGCUUCCGGCAAAUCGGCGACGCCCUGAUGAAAAAAUAUCACCGGGCACGUCCAGUACUGGCGAUCACGCCAGCCCCGCACCCGACCAUACAGAGCUUCUCCGGCGACUCCGCGCUGACGGAUACGACGCCGAUUUUGGGCAACGACGCGAAAACGCAAGGCAAGCCUGCGAAGGAUCCGACAAAAUCGCGGGGCGAACGAAGGCCAAGGAAAAAAGGGAACAAACCACGAAGGCCGCAUUUGGUCUUGAAGAGGCCCAGGCCCAGCAGCGGACCCGGCCACGGACCAAAACGGAUCCCGAAACGAAGUGAACUCGUGUUUCUCCAGCCGUCCCCCAAUUACUGCGAGCCGGACUUGGCCCACGGCAGCUUUGGCACGCAAGGCCGCACCUGCAAUCGCACUAGCCGAGAUACAGACGGAUGCGAUCUGAUGUGUUGCGGCCGGGGUUACAAUACUCACCAGUAUACGAAAGUCUUCCAAUGCCGUUGCAAAUUCCACUGGUGCUGUCUCGUCAAGUGCGACACGUGUACAGAUCGGAUCGAGGAAUACACGUGCAAGUAGCGCGUUAUAGAAGAGAAAGUACAAUUGCGCUCGUUUUAUUUUUCGAAUCACAAUUAUGUAUGAUGUAAUAUAUAAACGAGAUAAGAGUCGCGUUCGCAUAGUAAUUGUAACUCGUAAUUAGACAUAGAAAACUCCGCCCUUUUAACCAGUUUAAGCAAAUUACUUUACCGCAAUUGAUCGUUGGUUUCAGUAUAAUAUUUACCUUGUUUUAUAAUGUACAUAAGUGCACGUUGUUUCGGAAAAUUGAG